UCAGUCAGUCGUUGAACAACGUUCGCACACACACAACAUGUGGCAAUGGCUGCUGCUGUUCCUCAUCGGGCUGAUCUCGCUGAUCUAUCAGUUCCUCAUCUGGAAUUUUGGGCAUUGGCGGCGUCGUGGCAUUCGGGAGCCGAAAGCAUUGCCGCUCCUCGGCUCCUUUCCGAACAUCGUGUGGCCACGUCAGCAUUUCACCAACGAUAUGCGGGAUAUUUACAUGAAGUAUCGUGAGACGGACAGCUAUGUGGGCACAUUUCUGUUGCGCUCACCAAAGUUGCUGCUGCUGGAGCCGAAGUUGAUCAACGAGGUCUUCGUGUCCGCCUUUCGGCACUUUGAGAACAACGAUGCGUCGCGCAUGAUUGACAUCAGCAAGGACAAGCUCGUUGCCUGCAAUCCAUUUGUGCUCGACGGCGAUGAGUGGCGACAGCAGCGCAGCAUCUUCUCACCAUUGCUGACUAGCGGGCGUAUACGUAAUGCCUACUGCAAUAUGCAACGCAUUUGCGGCAAGCUCUGUGAUUACAUCGACGAGACUUCGAGCAGCGAACAAUCAUUCAAUGGCAUGGAUCUAGGAUUGCGCUUUACCAGCGAGAAUCUCUUUGACUGUGUGUUGGGCAUUGAGGCUAAAAGCUUUAGCAAGUCGCCGCUGCCGGUUGCGAAGCACAACAAGGAAAUGUCCGAGGAUAAUCGAGGUCUCGCCUUGGCGGGUGCCCUCAACGGUCUCUUUCCCCAUCUGCCGCGUUGGAUGCGCCCCAAAGUUAUUCCCCAGUCGUAUGACAAUUUCUUUUCGCAGUUGGUGCUCGAAGCGUUUCGUUUGCGUCGUGCCAAGCGACAGGAGCGCAACGAUUUCAUCAAUCAUCUGCUGGACAUGCAGCAGGAGCAUCAACUGAGCGAACAGCAGCUUCUCUCGCAUGCGAUGACCUUCAUGUUCGAUGGCCUCGACACCACGUCCUCAACUAUUGCUCACUGUUUGCUCUUGCUGGGUCGCUAUCCCAAAUGCCAGCAGCUGCUGUGGCAAGAACUGGACAAAGCUUGUGCCAAGGAUCAAUUGUUGCCCGACUUCGAGGUGCUCAGUGAACUGCCCUAUUUGAGUGCGUGUUUGAAUGAGAGUCUGCGCAUCUAUCCCGCUGGAGGUUGGGCCUCCAAAACCUGCACCACGCCUUACACCUUUCAUGGCAGCCAUCACAAGAGUCCGCUGCAAAUGUAUCCCGGCGAUAACGUGAUGAUACCGAUCUAUGGACUGCAUCACGAUCCCAACUAUUAUGCCGAACCACACGAAUUUCGACCCGAACGCUUUCUCAAUGGCGGCUUAAAGCGUUAUCAGCAACUGGGCGUCUUUCUUGGCUUUGGCAAUGGACCGCGACAAUGUGUCGGCAUUCGCUUGGGUCUAACACAGACGAAGGCAGCGAUUGCGGCGAUUGUGAGACGCUUCGAGGUUAGGGUAAAUCGACGUACACUCCAGGGCAUUCAACUAGAUCCACUCAUAUUUGUGGGCGCACACAAGGGCGGCAUUUGGCUGGACUUUAAUCGCAGAUGAAGCAAAUGUGAUCAACAAAAUACAAGUAUUAUUAACGGGGGAAUACAAGUAAAGCAUAAAAACUAUUUUAAUAAAAGGAAA